GCGUGCUCGGCUAAGAAAGCCCAGCGGGCGCGCGCGCUCUAGAGGUGCAUGGAGACUAGGAACUUCUUCAAGAGCCUAGCGACCGAGAGCCGGUAAAUUAAUACACAAAGCCGAGUUUGCCCCGCAAGCAUUGACGUUAUGUUUGAAUCCCCGUGUAAAUCGAUAAGUGUCCUCAACGCGUGGUCGGAGAGUCAGGAAGAGUUGCGCGAGACGCAACCGGUGUCUCCUCGCGGGACGAGAAAGCGAGUCAAGGCAAAAAAGAAAAAGCGAAAACAGCAGCAGCAAAACGAGAAACGCUCCGUCUCGGCCCCUCAGUUGUGCACGGAUGACGCCGAUAAGGGCCGACCAGAAAAGAAAUAUAGACCGGACGAACCGAUUGUGAGAGGAAUCUUUCAAAUCGGGAAGAAGAGCCACGACGUGGUUCUCACGGAAACGCGGGUAACAUGGACGCCCAUUCAGCCCGAGACCCCUACAGCUGACCGUGAUGUGAAGAAGCAGGAAGAGUAUGUGGAGCUUAAGGACGUGUUUGCUGUGAAGGUAAAGAGGCGGCGCUCUGUGGGGCAGCAGACGGGUGGAACUCUGCUGGGCAUCACACUCUUCCAGUGCAAGAACAAAGGGCUCAAACUCAAGGAACAUGCCAUCCACCUCAGCAACCUCAGUGCAGACCACUGUGAGAUUUGGUUCAAGAGCCUCAAAGAGAUCCUCAGCGGUUUUAAGAACCGUCCCAAGUCUCUCAAAGUCUUCGUGAACCCCAUCAGCCACAAGAAAGAGGCGUACCGGCUCUACCUGGACGAAGUUGCCCCGCUCUUCAAGCUGGCUGACAUAGAAGCCGAUGUGACCAUCACCAAGAGAAAGGGCCAUGCACUGUCCAUUCUGAAAGACUGCAGCUUGGAAGACUAUGACGGUGUGGUAUGUGUUGGGGGAGAUGGCUCUGUAGCUGAGGUGGCCCACGGGUUGCUUCUCCGGGCCCAGAUGGACGCUGGGAGGGACACAGAUUCCAUCUUCACGCCUGUCCAAGCAGCACUUCCUCUCGGCAUAAUACCAGCAGGUUCUACUGAUGUGGUGGCCUGCUCUGUGCAUGGAAUAAGACGCGCUGUGACUGCAACCUUGCACAUCAUCAUGGGUCAUCGUCAGCCCGUGGACGUGUGCAGCUUUAGCUCUAUGGGUCGCCUGCUGAGGUUCGGCUUCUCUGCCAUGUUUGGUUUCGGUGGGCGGACGCUCGCACUGGCAGAGAGACACCGCUGGAUGCCACCCAGCCAGCGCCGCGAGUUCGCUCUCAUUAAAACACUGGCAAACCUCAAACCUGAAGACUGCGAACUGUCCUUUAUAACCAGCAGAGGAGCCGAGGAUCAGACAAAAGCUGAGCGAAACAGAGAUGGAGGAGACAUUUGUGAGGAUGGAUCCUGGCAGACCAGACAAGGCCUGUUCCUGAAUAUUAGCAUCAUGGCUAUUCCCUGCCUGUGCUCAAUGGCCCCCAGGGGCCUGGCCCCAAACACCAGGUUAAACAAUGGCAGUAUGGCACUGAUAACUGUUGGAAACACCUCCAGGUCAGAGUUCAUCAAGCACUUGAAGAGGUACAGCAGCACAAACAACCAGUUUGGAUUCUCGUUUAUUGAGACACACACCGUAAAGGCUGUGAAGCUGCGGCCACGCUCUCAGGGAAGUUGGGCUGACGACGUCUCAGAGGAGAACGAGGAAUGUGAUUCAAAAACCGUGCCCAUCAUCUCUUCUGAAGGAACAUACGCCUGGAACAUUGACGGAGAUCUCUUGGAGGUCCCAUCUGAACUCCUGAUCAGAGUUCACCCGCAGCUCCUCACACUCUUUGGAGCAGACAUGGAGGAGGCGGAGGAGUCGCCGGUUAAAUGCAGCUGUAUCUGAACACACACAACCACAUUAAAGAGAGACUGUGCUAGAUAGUAGAGCUAUGAGAAAC